AACUUCCUCUACACAAACGCUAUCCGGUUUGAGGAGGUGACGUCAUAUCGAAACCGGCGAGAAUAGUCCCGCCUCCAUUUUUUUCCCCCCCACUCAAAGCCAAGUCGCUUAUUGGCUAAUUCAGACGACUCUCCUCAGACCUGCGUUUUCAUUGGUUGUUCAAAAGGCGUGUUCGUCAGCUUGAACAAGAAGCCUGUUUCUAAUUGGUUAGUGCGACUGCCAGUCGUUUCCUGUUCAUGUCAACGGUCAGAGGAAUAUGGCUGCCACCAUAAACUCAGAAGCAGAUGGGAAUAUCAAAGAAAGCAGCAUGUCUUUUAAGAAAGCUUUAACAGCAGUCCAGCCCCUCUCUCUGAGGAUUGUUGCCGAAUGUCCUGUGACCAAAGCCAGAGCUUGUGAUCUGACGCUGCCUCACUGCACCGUCAGCACGCCGGUUUUUAUGCCUGUUGGCACGCAGGGAACCCUGAAGGGGAUCACUGUGGAUCAGCUGGAGGUUCUCGGUUGUCAGAUUUGUCUGGGAAACACAUACCACCUGGGCAUGAGGCCGGGACCUGAGCUGAUAGAGAAGGCAAACGGUUUACAUGGGUUCAUGAACUGGAAGAGAAAUCUUCUAACUGACAGCGGAGGAUUUCAGAUGGUGUCUCUUGUUGAACUCUCAGAAGUCACAGAGGAAGGAGUCAAAUUCAAGUCGCCGUAUGAUGGCAAAGAGAUCUUAUUGAGUCCGGAGAAGUCCAUCAGCAUACAGAACAGUCUGGGGUCGGACAUCAUGAUGCAGCUGGACGACGUGGUCAGCAGUACUGUGAGGGGACCGCGGGUGGAGGAAGCCAUGCAUAGAUCCAUUCGUUGGCUGGACCGCUGUAUAGCCGCUAAUAAACAUCCAGACAGACAGAACCUUUUUGCCAUCAUCCAGGGAGGAUUAGACGCAGAGCUGCGCAAGGCCUGUCUGGACGAAAUGACUCAACGGGACGUCCCUGGUUUUGCCAUUGGCGGCUUGAGUGGAGGAGAGGAGAAGGACGACUUCUGGCGGAUGGUCACACUGAGCACUGACCACCUGCCACGAGAAAAGCCUCGCUACCUGAUGGGCGUUGGGUAUGCUGUGGACCUGGUGGUGUGUGUGGCUUUGGGAUGCGACAUGUUUGACUGCGUCUUCCCGACCCGCACCGCGAGAUUUGGUUCCGCCUUGGUGCCUUGGGGGUCUCUUCAGGUGAAGCAGAAGCAGUUUGCCAAAGACUUUCAGCCCAUAGACCCUGACUGCCAGUGUCCCACCUGCAAGAGACACAGUCGGGCUUACCUGCAUGCCUUGUUUAAGAGUGACACUGCCGCCAUGCAUCACGUCACCAUUCACAACAUUGCCUACCAGCUCACCCUGAUGCGUUCUGUGAGGCAGAGCAUCGUGGAAGGCCGCUUCCCCGAGUUCAUACGGACAUUCAUGAAGCGACUGUUUCCUUCCCGGGAUCAGUACCCCAGCUGGGCGGUGGAGGCUUUAGCUUCUGUCAAUGUGACUUUGGAAUAGGACUUUGAAGCCAAACUCUAAAUGGAGAAAACCUUUCAACGCAGACUGAAAAAAAAAAAACAUGUUGUACUUUAUUCUUAAAUGAAAUUUUUUAUAAGAUUUUGUACUUGUUUGUAUUUUAGUGUAUGCGUUUACAGUUUUAUUAAAAGCUAAGCAUCUUUUUUUUUUUUUUUAAUCUACCAUUUCACACUCUGACAAUAUAGGAGGAAAUAGGCUUUAAAAGAGGUUUUAAACAGAUGAACAUUUCCUCUGAAAUACUUUUUUUUUUUUUGUCCCAGUGGUUACAGAGGAGUGCCUUCCUAUUUCAUUUUUCUUUAUUUAAUUUCCUGCCAGUCUGUUUAUAAACCUCCUGUAAUGUAUUUCAAGAGUAUUUUUGUUAUUUUCUCCAUAGCACUGUGUUAUUAUAUUGAGAAUAUUGCUCCUAAGGUUUUAAACUGCUUUACAGCUCAUCACGCUGGAACUGAUUAAAUACUUUGACUGGC